AUGUAUCCCUCAAGGAUACUCCGAGCGCAGCACGGCGAGAAGCCGAACAUCACCGGCUUCGACAUUAGGAAGUUUGCGCACUCGGCCGGGCAGCCGAGAUACGAUCCCUGGGAGCGAGCGGAAGCAUGGCGAUACACGGGCCAAUUCACGCGCUGGAACCGCUUCAAGAACGCCUUCCCCGGCCUAGGAAUCGCUACCGUAGCCUUUGUCGCAUACCUCGGCUUCGAGAAGCUAUUCCUCAAGGACGAGCACCACGGGGACGAACACGGCGAAGGUCAUCAUUGA